UGCCGACCAGCUGCCAUGAACAGUAUAUCACACUUCACUCGCAUUUAAAUUCGCCAUCGCCCACUUUCUCCAUGUAACUCAUCCACCGGCGAAAUGCCUCCAACGCAGCUGGCCCACCCCUCGCCAAAGCGCAAGCGAGACCAGCCCCCGCAGAUACCGCUGCUCAACACGACGCUCGCUCUACGCCCUGCAUCAGCACCACCACGAGGCUGGAGUUCGUCGCGCUCGUCUGGCGCCGAUAGCCCGAGAAAUGCAGUCGCAGACCAGCUGCGAGGUAUGAACCUCGUGGCGACCUCGGCCAUUCCAAUGUCCCCGCUUACGCCCGUGGACGAUGUGGCACACAAGAAGCUGAAGCUGGACGUGACUUCGUUGGGCACAGACUUUGCAAAGACGAGCCUGGAGUCUCGACAGGCUGGCGAGACUUCAGACGCUGUUGCUGUCACGCCACGGUCGGGAGUUCUCAGAGAGAUACCAGAGACCCCUCAGACGCCGCAACCCCGCAUGUUGCCAGAUAUCGCCUCCUUUGCACAACCUUCGGUAUUCGUGUCGUUUUCGGGUCACACGUCACCGCAACAAAACCCUACAUCGACCGCAACAGACCAAAUAUCGGGCGCAAGAAAUCGCUCUCUGCAGCUUGGCCCACUGAAGAAGCCACCGUCGCCCUCACUGUCAGCCCUCACGUGGCAGGUCACUGAGAUCACGGGUCAUCUCGCCGACCCCUCAACCGACCCAGAUGAUGAUGGUACCGGUCUGAACGGCAUUGGCUUCAAGCCGACACCAGCAAUGGCGUACGCUAGGUCGCAAAAGAGAAGACAGCAGCUAUCUGAAUGGAAAGCAAGAGAAGCCCGCGAGGCCAGAGCAAAGCGUAGCGAGAGAAGACGGCGAGGUGUUGGUGGUAAGGCAUCCAGAGAUUCAACAGUAGAACGAGAAAUGCCCCUGCCAGAAGUGGACUUCUCUCAGAGAAGCGUCAAGUUUGCUGUAUGACGGCCGACAUGGUACUCGUCUCUUCGGGAGUAAACCCUCCUGGAAAUACUUGAGUUGCUUGAAACAGCUUCCAUCUAAGAUUCUCGAGUCCAUCAAACCUCUUUACAGGAUGUCGGACUCGUCGCGUAGCCAGAUGCUGGCAUGGACGAAGGUAAUUGUAAUACUUGGAUAUAUGGCGAAAUUGGCGUGUUGGUCUACUCUCUCUAUCUCUGUGUACGA